AGUCCCACACGAAAGCCCGGUAGGCCGAAUUGCUUAUGGAGCAGCGGCAAAAAUGCAGCGCCACCGACUCACCGUAUACUUGGCGGAUUUCGCCCACGCCCGCCUCUGCCGAAGACCAGCCGCCGCUGUCGACGGCGAACUCCCGCGGCGAGUCGACCGCCGUCUCAGACCCUAAGGCCUAAGCCCUAGUUCCAGCCCACCCAGUUCCUUAACCAUGGAGGAUGCCCUCGCGCCGCCGUCUGUGGCCCCGACUCCCUCCCCCCUCGCCGCCGCUGCCGUCCUCACCCGUCGUCGGUCACACCUCGACAGUGCCUCCUUCCGCACGCUCUCCCGCCUCUUCUCUCACUGUCUCCACAUCAACCCGUCGCCCUGUGGCAUCUCGCCGCCCGUGCCCGAGCCCGUCGCCGCGGACUUCGUCGGUGGGGACCCCGACGAUUCCCCAGAAAGGCCUAAUGGCGCUGAUUUCGAUCGGCUAAAGGAUGUGCAAAUCGAGGCGGCGGAUGCGGGAGGCCCUUCGCUUCACGGGACUGUCCAUCAACCGGCCGCGGCGAACUCUACCCUCGACCUGGUUGAGGCUGAGGCUGAGGCUCUGCAGCUCGAGGGUGCGGACGCGGUAGGGGUCGUAGAAAGCACCUCGUGUAUGACCAGAGCCGAGGCUGGGGAAUCAGCGGUACUUGUGGUAGAAAGCACCUCAUGUAAGACCACUGCUGAGGUGGAGGAGUCAGCGGUUGGAGCUGGACUGGCGAUGGUGGGUGACGUAUCUUUGAAGUCGGUGGAGUCUCUCUUGGAGACGAAGGUUGACGAAUCGGUAGAGGUAGCAGUGGGUGAUGAUGAAGGCUGUCUUUUGUUUGAAGCGAUGCUGACAAACUUCACAGGGUUGAUUGAUGAUGUUGAUGCUGGAGCAAUACCAACACAGAGGUGUGCAGUUUCUGGAGGUGACCUGCAGAAUAGCAAGGCAUCUGAGGAUUUGAAACAACUGGGUGAUAGGAUUGAAGAAGGAGAACCUCUUAGAAACUGUGAUAAUGGGCAGAAUGAUGGUGGUGGUUUCGAGGAAGGAGAGAUUGAGGGCGAGUUUCAGGAUUUGGGUUCAGAAGAAUCUGGAAAUUCCGAACAUGGAGACGAAGAUGGUGAAGAUGAGAAAUUGGAAGACAAUUCCAUUAGCAGAGGCUCAGGGCCAAAUAAAUCUUGUGAUUAUGGCACACAAUUCGGGAAUUUGCAAUCAAUUCCUGAAACAGGAAAUGAUCAUCUUAUACUGAACAGGGAUGCUAUUGUCAGAGGUGAUGCACAAAUAUCUGUUACCAGGGCUCAAGCCGUCACUUAUGAUGAAGUUGUGGAUUGGAAUGAGACUCCGCUGCCUGACAAUGAGACUGUCAACCCUGGGAAGAAGAGAAAACGCAUUCUGACAGAAGAGAGAAAAGCUAAAAAAACAAAAAAUAAAAGAAAGAACCGGGCACUGCAACGGAUAGCGGAUGGAGUCAAAAGACCAAAACUUACUCCUGUUACAAAGCCAAAAAAACCUUGCCACUUCUAUGACCAUGGGAAGUGCCGCCAAGGAAAUAAUUGCAAGUUUUCCCAUGAUUUUACACCUUCAACAAAAUCUAAGCCCUGCACACAUUUUGCAUGUGGUUCUUGUUUGAAAGGAGAAGAGUGUCCAUAUGACCAUGAGUUGUCAAAGUACGAAUGCCAUAACUAUAAAAACAAUGGAACAUGUGCCAGAGGUGAUAAUUGCAAAUUCUCUCAUGUGAUGCCAACUACAGAAGGUACUCCCACACAAGAUGCAAAGACUUCUGAUGCUUCACUGGCAUAUGAGAAAACAAACACCAGAGAGCAUACAAGAAGCCAGAAGAACGCAACAGUUCACAAUGUUGCUCCUAGUAAUUCUAUCCUAAGAAACCUGGCUGGCGUCUCCAGCAAAUCCCAGAAUGUUUCUAACCAUAUUCCAAAGGGCGUGCAGUUUCUUUCCAUUGGUAAAGGUCAAUCCAAUCUGGACAGCCUGCACCUGGAUGCUUUGUUCAUGGAGAAGCAAAGGAAUGCAAAUGGUACUCAACAUAACCUUGGAGGACAUGAAGCAGAAAGGCAAAAAAUUGUGAAGCAAAAUAGCCAGAAACCGAAUCUAUUGCUAGACGAUAAGAAUUCAUCAGAAGGAGCUACUAGGCAUCCAUGUUCAGACCCCCAAAAAGCUACUUUACCUGUUAAUUCUAUUGCAACACCUGGAUCAAUACAUACUCAGCAUGAAGUCUCAGAGGCUUCUAGGAUUUUGCAGGAGUUCUUGUUUGGUGCUGGCAGUUAGAGGAAAGUAUGUGUGAACUAUUCUGCCUUUUGAUACCUGUAUUUUGCACUAUAUAUAUUAAGUCGAUAUAAAAUUUUGCCAAUUGCUGUUUACAUGGAUUGAAUUCAUGCCCAUGUCCUUUCGACUCUUCUGAUACGCUGCCAGUUUCCUUGCUGGAACUGCACCUCAAAGUUUGUUUUCUAUUUUGGCUACUUGCAAGGUCAACAGGAAAAUAUCACUGUAGGCAAAUGUGUAUCGUUGUUUUGUUACUAACAAAGUUGACCGAGGACUUAAUUUUGCAGAAGUAAGCACAGGUUUACUAGUCUUCAAAAGCUGACUUUUGUGGACUCCGUGAACAAGUUCAACCCACACUGUAGUUACUUGGAAUGGAGCAAACAGUUGGGUCAACUUACUGGUAUGACAGAAUGCCUCGUCCAAUUAGUACUUGCAUGAACUAACUCAACAUGUAAUUAUCAUGAGUACCUCCUUGGACUAACUUUGACAUAUUAUUAUACUGUAUUUUACUUUGGAAGUCAUUUUCUCCGUUAAGAUGUGAACUUUACUUCUUUCGUUUAUGUGAAUUUGUGCAUAAUAGUAAUCCAUGACUUCUCAACGAUCCCUGUGCCACCAAUAAUUCAUGAAAUUCCCUAUAUGCCAUCGUCUGUGUUGGCCUGUAGGGAUUUCAGUGAUUUUGCUGUGGUACAGGGAUAAUUGCAUCGAAUUUGUGUGUAAUCCCUCUGCUCAAAUUUAUUGACGCGGUUCUUUUUCUAUGUAAAACGGAGGAAUAAAACUCUUCAUGGUCUUGAUGGAGCAACUUUGACAACUAUGUCUUGCCUUGAUGUAUUCGUAGUGGCUACAAGUGCUGACAAUUUUUGCAAGGGCCAAUGGGUGGUAUCCAGUUACUGACGACAGGGCUUGUUUAGUUGAUUCCUUGUGAGUUAUCCACAGGUUUGAUGCAGAAAUCUGAUGUGGCCCCUCUGCUUAGAUGUCACGAUGUGAUCCCUUUGCUUUAGAUGUCAUGGAAAAGUUGAACCUCAAGUCACGAGGUAGAACAACAGGACUUGAUGUGUCAUUAUUGGGUUCCUAACAAGCUGACUGUUUAGUGAGGCGCACCUCCUGUCAGGUGGGUUUCCGUACAUUUCUUUCUGUUGGGCUGUCCAUUGAAAGAUUCCUCCCCAUGAAAACGUACUGUGUGUGGCCCGAUUCGUCCAGCCGCUUUGGGAACUCAGAUUCCUAUUCCUCCAUGCAAGAGCUUUACGUCCGUCCGUUUGCCACAUGAGAAUGGCCGGCUGGUUUAGUCUUGAAUCAUCAUCAUGAUUCAGUACACAUCUACCUUUGCUGGCGACCAACAUUAGCCUGGUGCAGUGCAUGGUCUGGGCUUGCAUGCAUGCAAUGCCCCCGGGAUCUCCGUUCCUAUCUCUUGGGUUGAGAUUUACAUAUGAAGCAUAGCUGAAAAGGUUGUGGUCCGCCGCAGCAGAUGCUGAAGGCCCCAGGUAUGUGCUGGAGCGUGUGGCUGUUGCCUCGUCUCAAGUCCCGGCUAUAUGUCCCCAUGCAUGCCUACUUGUCUGCUGUCGAAACCUCUGCGGACGGACGUUGCAUCGUUUCAGAAUUACGUCACAUGGUCAUCUGACUGAAGAGGGUUCACAUGACGAUUCAUCGGUGCAGCUUGGCGUGGAAGCAGGCAUGUGAGCUGUGUGCCCCUCUACGCCUGGGCGUCGUCACAUGACCAGGUGACCGACCGUGACGCCUGUUUCUCCCUACAGCAGUCAAGUUUGUUCUGUCGAUCAUAUGAUGGUGUUCAAUUCCUUGGAGCAAAUUACCCCUCUCCCGGGCCCCGGCAGUAAAUACACGGUUCGUGCUCUAUUGUUUAUUUGCGUGUGGAAGGAGGUGGUUCAGAUGACCCCCCCCCCCCCCCCCCCCGGAUUUACCGAGAAUCCCGGCCGAGGUGUGUGUGUAUGUGUGGUGGUUAUCUUGAUUCGCCAAGUAUUACUAUUACUGUCACUGUCAGUCUCGAAAGGAAAGAAAGCGAGACGAAAUUAUGGACUGGGCGACUUGUGCGCCUCAACAGGUACUCUGUGCUUCACGUCUUGGGAACUGCUGGAUAGGUUCAUUUUACGUGUC